AUGGCCUGGAAAUCUGGAGGAGCCAGCCACGCAGAGCUUGUAAACAACCUCCGCAGUAAGUUGACUCAUUAUGUAAAGUGUAUAAUUAAGCAUUUUGGUUUAGAGAUCUAAUGGGGAAAGAAGAAUUGCUGCUUUCUCCAAUGCAUGGUGGCAACGGUCGGGCUUGGCUAGAAAUUGUAGGCUAGUAAAGUUUUUACCGCGUUAGCGGUACACGGUUUCCAUUAGUUACCACAGCCACUGUGUUCCUCUGUAGUCACGCUACAGUAAUAUCAGGCGGAUGUUUGCAAAUCUGCACCUGUUAGUACAGUUUACUACUUAAUAAUUGCAUGUUUACAGUAGCUAGUGGCUUCAUUUAGUACAAGGCAGUCGUAUUUAUAGAGCCUCCGAUAAUUUAUGUGCGUCAUAUUGUGCUUUGCCCCCAAUGCAAAAAUAUACAUAAUUGUUUGCCCCAACCUCUUUUGCUGGCUUGCUAGUAGCUAACGCUAGCUAGCUACUUACCUACUACAGCUCUGUUGCGGGGAUAGGUAUGACAUAUGUGGAGAAAUGUGAAUAUCGAAGCCGUUUAUUAGUGAGCUAGCCUACUAACUACAUGCAUGCGAAGUUCGACUGAGUAUCUAUGUCUAUGUUUUUACAACAGCAGCGAAGAUGGACAGCAGUGUGGUUAGCUAACCUGUGGGCGGGGCAUUCAUGCGUUGCGUGUUGAUCCACUGUACUGACUGUAGUUUCUGUACUAUAGGAUAGGCCAUGCCAUUCUUUGGAGAGAGGCAUGAUCACACCCUGUUGUUAUUAUAACAAGCUACUAACUCAGCACUCAUAGGUAGUUGUGCAAUAUUUAAUCACAUUUGUAGUCACACCUGACACACCACUGUGGUAGUUAGUCUUGUUGUGAACCAGCUAAGAUUUGUUUUUCUUGUGUGCCAUACAGUAAGGAAGUGGAUUAGCUGAUUUAGAAUUAGCUGAUUUAGAUCUAAUAGAUAAGAAUAGAUCUCUCAAAUUCACCCAUUUACUAGGAAGAUCUUUUUGUUACAAAACUAGAAAGAUAUCCUGAAGACUUGGUGUAGACUGCAGAGAGCAGCUUGUUGGCUUGCCUAUGCCAGUGUCCAACAUGAUUUGGCAAGCAGAUCUAGUUGGCUAUAUUUACACGGUCAGUGUCCAGCAAAGCACUGCAGCAGACACUUUGGUACUAGGGCGGGUCUGAGCGUUUUGCCAAAAGCCCUUUGGGUGAACAUAAUAAUAAAUAAUAAUAUGCCAUUUAGCAGACGCUUUUAUCCAAAGCGACUUACAGUCAUGCGUGCAUACAUGCACCUUAUUGUUCCUUGUUCACGUGUACAUUUAUUGUGAUACGGUAUAGACAUAAAAGGGGACAUCUUUUAUGUUGAGAACAUAACAACAUGCACAACACUGCAUCCAGGGAUACUAAAACAUGUGGUAAAAUGUGAUGCUGAAGUGGAUUAAUAUUUUAUUCCCAAAAGUUGAGUUCUGGGUCAAUUUUAGCAACACCCAUCCUCCCCUGUUGUCAUGUGCGUUCUGACCCAUUUAGGCCUACUCAUAAGCUGCAAACCUUAAGUAAGCCUAAGCCGAAUUUAAACGGGUCAAACUCACGAUGCAUGCGAAUUCCUGACUUUAGUGUUGUUUGUAUCCUCCUUAGGCCAGGCUUUUCUCUGUGAGCUAAAAGCUGAUUAUCACACACACUGGGUUCAGAACAUCAAGUUAUUUAAGAGUUGGUCUUUCAAGUGCAAUAUUUUUUGAAACCAUUAAAUAGCCUAUUAUGUGCAUAUUCAGUGCAUUCGUUACAGCCUUAUUCAAAAAAAUUAUUACAUAGUUUUUUCCCCUGAUCAAUCUACACACAAUACCCCAUAAUGACAAAGCAAAAACAAAUGUAUUAAAAACGGAAAUAUCACAUUUACAUAAGUAUUCAGAGCCUUUACUCAGUACUUUGUUAAAGCACCUUUGGCAGUGAAUACAGCAUUGAGUCUUCUUGGGUAUGACGCUACAAGCUUGGCACACCUGUAUUUGGGGAGUUUCUCCCAUUCUUCUCAGCAGAUCCUCUCAGGCUCUGUCAGGUUGGAUGGGGAGCUUCGCUGCACAACGCUAUUUUCAGGUCUCUCCAGAGAUGUUCGAUCGGGUUCAAGUCCGGGCUCUGGCUGGGCCACUCAAGGACAUUCAGAGACUUGUCCUGAAGCCACUCCUGCGUUGUCUUGGCUGUGUGCUUAGGGUCGUUGUCCUGUUGGAAGGUGAACCUUCGCCCCCAGUCUGAGGUCCUGAGCACUCUGGAGCAGGUUUUUAUCAAGGAUCUCUCUCUGUACUUUGCUCCUUUCAUCUUUACCUCGUUCCUGACUAGUCUACCAGUCCCUGCCGCUGAAAAACAUCCCCACAGCAUGACGCUGCCACCACCAUACUUCACCAUAGGGAUGGUGCCAGGUUUCCUCCAGAUGUGACGCUUGGCAUUCAGGUCAAAGACUUCAAUCUUGGUUUCAUCAGACCAGAGAAUCUUCUUUCUCAUGGUCUGAGAGUCCUUUAUGUGCCUUUUGGCAAACUCCAAGUGGGCUGUCAUGUUCCUUUUACUGAGGAGUGGCUUCCGUCUGGCCACUCUACCAUAAAGGCCUGAUUGGUGGGGUGUUGCAGAGAUGGUUGGCCUUCUGGAAGGUUCUCCCAUCUCCACAGAGGAACUCUGGAGCUCUGUCAGAGUGACCAUCGGUUUUUGGUCACCUCCCUGACCAAGAUCAUUCUCCCCUGAUUGCUCAAUUUGGCCGAGCGGCCAGCUCUAGGAAGAGUCUUGGUGGUUCCAAACUUCUUCCAUUUAAGAAUGAUGGAGGCCACUGUGUUCUUGGGGACCUUCAAUGCUGCAGAAAUGUUUUGGUACCCUUCCCCAGAUCUGUGCCUCAACACAAUCCUGUCUCGGAGCUCUAUGGACAAUUCCUUCGAUGUCAUGGCUUGAUUUUUGCUCUGACAUGCACUGUCAUCUGUGGGACCUUUAUAUAGACCGGUGUGUACCUUUCCAAAUCAUGUCCAAUCAAUUUAAUUUACCACAGGUGGACUCCAAUGAAGUUGUAGAAACAUCUCAAGGAUGAUCAAUGGAAACAGGAUGCACCUGAGUUCAAUUUCGAGUCUCAUAGCAAAGGGUCUGAAUACUUAUGUAAAUAAGGUAUUUCCGUUUUUUUUUAUUUUUAAUAGAUUUGCAAACAUCUCUACAAACCUGUUUUGGCUUUGUCAUUAUGGGAUAUUGUGUGUACAGUGUCAUGAGAAUUUCUAUCUCUAAUUAAACUCAAGCUUGAAUAAUUCCCAGAGGUUAUAAUGCUCUGGUUUUAAUCAUGAGUUAAACAAAGUCCACAACCAGCAAGAAUGAUCUGUAUUAUUUAAUCAUGAGAGCUCUCCCGCCAAAACAUACACAGCCUUUUUAUAUGCCUUCACACAAAGGAACUUUGCUCCGCCCACCUUUAGGCGGCCUGUACAUUUCCACAGUAUAGGAUGUUUAAAUAGGACAGUUUCUAAGUCUCCUUUCUCCUGGAAUGUCUGUCUCAGCAGUUUCUAACCCCCUCGCCUCGGUUAGUGGGUUUACACUACAUUAUAACUCUAACAUAGUUCACACAUUUAUACCGUAUUUGGGGUGAAAUCCAUUAGUCAUUAUUUUAAAAAUAUAAAUGAAUCUAUCAAUCCACCCUUUGACUAAAUCUUUCACACUCAGGAUAAAUGUAUUUACAAGAAUGGUCUUCUUUUUUAGAUUAUUCCUAUGACCUUCAUACGUCAGAACCAAUAAACGUUUCAUCCAAUUGCGGUCUUUCAGGGUCAAAGUCCUCGUUCUCCACCAAGCCUGGAGGAUCGUAUUUCACGUUCCACUGGUCAGAGUCCGGAGUCCGUCCAUAUCUCACCAUCUGUUAAGACACUGCAUUCUCCAACGCCUUACUCACCAACCCUCAGACACAGGGAAUAAGACAACAACCACAUAAUACAAGAAUACCAAUACAAGCGAUGGCUGCCCCCAAGAUGGUGGCUGCUAUGGUUUUCCAUUUGCCAAACAUUUAAUCAAACCACCCUAUCAAAGAUGUAUUAACUCCUGAGUUCUCAGCCCAUUCUUCACUUAGAGCAGUCAAUCCUGCAAGAGCUCUGGUGACCGUCCCAUCCGGUGCGGUGUUGUUAGGGAUAAAUGUGCAACAAUUGCCCACCAUUCUAUAGACACCGCCCCUUUCUGCCUGCAAUAUAUCUAGAGCCAACCUCAUGAGUGAGGUGGCGGAUAAUUGUUCAGAGAUCCCCUUUACUGCAUCCCUAGUCUGGCCAAUAAAUAGUUGUUGGUUGUAAUAGAUAUCAUUAAUCCAAUCCACAUUUUUGUUUAUUAUCACCCACCAGAAGAACGUUGUAGUAAACCCUUCCCCUACUUGUUUCAUAGCUUUGUAUUCAUCCGGUACCCACCUUGGUAUCCCAAUCGCAUUCAUCUAAAUAGGGCUAUUCUCCUUCUUGUCAAAACUCCUCCUACGUCUGUUUAACCCUUUCCUUGGUUCCUGGUUACUAAUUCUAACUAGCUGAACCAGUAGAACCGGGGAGCACGUACCUAGCCACCCUUUUGGCAUUCUCUGCCUUAUACUGCCUUUACUGGCACACGCCUACCACACAUCGGUUACAGGGGCUGUAAGGUUCAGAAUUCUCUCCUGUUCUUCCGAACCUGAGUCAGUCACAUUACUACUAUCUCCAAUUGAUAAUUGGUGAUGUCUUUGUUUCUCUUUACCCCCCAUCUGGAUGUCCAGUCCUGUCCGGUCUCAUAUCCCUGUCCCCAAGUGUGUUUAAACACUUGAGUCUAACAAUCCGCCAUGGGGCCCGAACACGAAUAUUAUGGGAUUUUAUAAUCCCAAAUUGCUUGUUGACAUGUACCCCACCCGUUGGCUACAUCCCUAACCUUUAUUUUGAAUCCUACAGUCUGCCCUUCUCUGACUCCCAUUUUGUAGGCCACUCGUCCUUGAUGGUCAGUAUGUCAGGUCGCUUCUCUUCUCUUUUACUUUUUAACAUUGGUAAGGACAUAGCGUAAUUGGUGCGGUGCAGUGGUGGAUCUUGACAUAUCAGGACCACUGCUGAGACUAUGAUGCAGCUCAGGUUACCCAUAUUCCCAAAAACCGCCAACCCCCUCCUGCCCUCAGUCUUUCUGCUUGGUAACACCCCAUACUCACACCCUGAGAGCACACUACAGUGAUGAUAGGUCGGGGUAGGAGAGCUUCAUUAACAGAGGUGAUCCCCAUGACCCUAUUGGUCCAGUUCUUCUUUCUAACUCUGCGUGUGUUCAGUGGUGCUUGUAUGUGUUCCUACCUUUUUGCAGUGGGUAACGUGGACCCAGGUUGCUCUUUCUGCUAUUCUAAUGGCAAAGGCGGUGACCAAUAUAACCUGAUAGGGCCCUUCCCAACAGGCCUGCUUCCAGUCUUUCUUCUUUAGGGACUGGAUCCACACCAGUCACCUGGUUGGGUAGAGUGGGUCACCUUCUCCUUUAGUUCACCUGUGGGGCACAAAACCUCUGACAUACGGGUGUGGUUAAUAAACAACCUUCUCAUGUGUUCUGCUAGGGUGCUCUCAGUUUCUAUCUCUGCCUGCUCUGGUCCUCCUACCUCGGCCAUUCUGUAUGGUCUACCAAAUACUUUCUCAACUGGCAAUAACCCUUCUUUAUCUGGAGUUCUCCUGAUCGUCAUUAAUACUAUCGGUAGACAUUGUACCCCAUUUCUUCCUGCUCUCCUGUGUGUUUUCCUUAACCCCUCUCUAAUCAUACCGUUCACAUUAGCAUUUUCUUUCUAGACAGUAUCCAAAUAUUUAUUUAUUUAUUUCAGUAUUUAGUUAUCUUUAAUCCUACCAUCUACCAUCAUCCCCCCUGUUGACACAUGGCCCUGCCCAUGUGUCAAUAUUACCACCUACCUAAACAAUCACUUAGGUAAUAUUGGUAAAUUAUCCUUAUGCCAUCCCUUUUCCUUUGAGAUUUCCCCUUGCUUCUUUAUUGCUCCUCCCACUUCCUUUGUCUAUUAUGGCGGCUAAAUUCAACUUUCCUUCAGUUCAGAAUAAAUAGUAAUACAAUCAAUCAAUCCCUUAUCUUGUAAAAACACUCAUGUUUAGUUUAAACUCUGUUCUUCCUGGGCUUGACCUGAAGACUGAUGGUUGGACAUGACAGACUGACCUGAAGACUGAUGGUUGGACAUGACAGGUCCCCCCCCCCCCCCCCCCAGUAGUAUCCGGUCAAGCAACCCAUACCAGCAGUUGAAUUACACUCAUAAAUACAGAUUUCACUCUAUGCCAUUGAAAUGACAAAUAAAUCAUAAUAGUUCAACUAUAUUGGCUUUGUACUAUAUUAUACAUUACGUCUAUAACCACAUUACUUAUGGUGCGAUUAUUCAUUAAACCUUAUAACAUGAUCCAACAACGGUACAAACUUAGAAAACCCAUAUUAAGUACUUUCCCACCCAUGACGUACGUCUACGUUUGGGUGAGCAAGUUAAUACAUAUAUAACGUUAGACAUUUAUAGGUACUCACAUCAAAUAAUCCCUUCGUGGUGUUUUUAACCAAUUCUUAAUCGACCUAAAUCACUUCCUCUUGUCACCCUUCCUAUUCUGCCUCCUCGCUUGGUAGCCUCCCUCUCUCUUCUCGGCUAUGUCUCCCAAUGUGGCCAUCAAAUACUCCGCUCCCUUCCAUUCUUUUCUUGCUCGUUCUCUAUGUUUUCUGACUAGAUAUAACCUUUCUGCCCUCUGCUAUUCUCUACUGAGUAUUUUAUACCCCCCUUUACUAUAUUGCUCCGAAGUGAUGGAUAGUUAUUAUAAUUAUUCCACUUUUAUCCACUCUUUAAUAAUACAUUUCAUCUUUUUUAUAUAUAUAUCUUUAUCAACUAACCCAUUCAUAUUUCUAAUGAUUCUUUAUUGCCACAAGUUAAUCUAGUUCCAAUCGGACCAACGUUAGCUACCUAGACCCUUCCCCCUCAGGUCAUAAAAUCCUCCCAGAAUCUCACACUAUUCUAUGACAAGCAGUGUUUUUUUACAAACCCCAAGAUAUCAUUAUAUCAACCGAUUAUUCUCCAAACUUUAGAUUAAUUAAUUCCCACGACUUUCAUAUCACAUUCACACAACGCUAUUUCCCAACACACAAUCAAUAUUAGUGAAUGUUAAUUCUAUCAACAUUUGACCUUUACCUAUGGUUACUUUUACCAUAAUUCCCUAAAUGUACCGAAAUACAAUAUAUUGACGUCAUAUGAUCAACCCCGUACACGUGACCUUUUUCUUAAAUCAGGAUACCCCUAUAACUAUCUCAUACACAUUAGAGAGUCUAUAGUACCAAGUAUCCCCCUUAUAGUUUCUAUUGGUAAUGGCCUCAACUACCCUGAAUCAUUUCGGACCCACUUUCUCAACGGAUCUCACCCGGUGCCGUUUUCUAUUUAUCCAAAAUACUGGCGCAUGGUUUUCUCUAGAUAAACGUCUAAAACGGUGUACCUGAUUAAUCCCCUUCGGAUUAUCGGCGGAUCACUACCCUCACUACAGCAGAAAACAUUUCUAUUGCAGUGUCCAGAUAUCAAUUCCCCCCAAAAUCCAUGAAUAAAAAUUACUGACCUUAUUCUUGCAGCUGGGAUAUUAAUUUUGGUUAGAUCUCGUCAUCGUUUCUGUCGAUCAUCAGUUUUACCACCGGCCUGUAAUGAACCUCAACGCCAAAGGCCAGGACUUAGUCUAUACGAAUGCUAUCAUUCGCCCGUGCACGAUUUUCGUUGUCCCCGUAACGACAAAAACGUAUAUUUGAGAUCCGGCUCGAAGGACCAAUUGUCACGAGAAUUUCUAUCUCUAAUUAAACUCAAGCUUGAAUAAUUCCCAGAGGUUAUAAUGCUCUGGUUUUAAUCAUGAAUUAAACAAGGUCCACAACCAGCAAGAAUGAUCUGUAUUAUUUAAUCAUGAGAGCUCUCCCGCCAAAACAUACACAGCCUUUUUAUAUGCCUUCACACAAAGGAACUUUGCUCCGCCCACCUUUAGGCGGCCUGUACAUUUCCACAGUAUAGAAUGUUUAAAUAGGACAGUUUCUAAGUCUCCUUUCUCCUGGAAUGUCUGUCUCAGCAGUUUCUAACCCCCUCACCUCGGUUAGUGGGUUUACACUACAUUAUAACUCUAACACAGUUCACACAUUUAUACCGUAUUUGGGGUGAAAUCCUUUAGUCAUUAUUUUAAAAAUAUAAAUUCAUCUAUCAACAGUCUUGGUCAAAAGUUUUGAGAAUAACACAAAUACUAAUUUUCACAAAAUCUGCUGCCUCAGUUUUGAUGAUGGCAAUUUGCAUAUACUCCAGAAUGUCAUGAAGAGUGAUCAGAUGAAUUGCAAUGAAUUGCAAAGUCCCUCUUUGCCAUGAAAAUGAACUUAAUCCCCAAAAAACAUUUCCACUGCAUUUCAGCCCUGCCACAAAAGGACCAGCUGCCAUCAUGUCAGUGAUUCUCUCGUUAACACAGGUGAGAGUGUUGACGAGGACAAGACUGGAUAUCACUCUGUCAUGCUAAUUGAGUUAGAAUAACAGAUUGGAAGCUUUAAAAGGAGGGUGGUGCUUGAAAUCAUUGUUCUUCUUCUGUUAACCAUGGUUACUUGCAAGGAAACAUGUGCCGUCAUCAUUGCUUUGCACAAGAAGGGCUUCACAGGCAAGGAUAUUGCUACUAGUAAGAUUGCACCUAAAUCAACCAUAUUUCGGAUCAUCAAGAACUUCAAGGAGAGAGGUUCAAUUGUUGUGAAGAAGACGUCAGGGCACCCAAGAAAGUCCAGCAAGCGCCAGGACCGUCUCUCAAUGUUGAUUCAGCUGCGGGAUCGGGGCACCACCAGUGCAGAGCUUGCUCAGGAAUGGCAGCAGGCAGGUGAGGUGAAGACUUUUGGAGGAUGGCCUGGUGUCAAGAAGGGCAGCAAAGAAGCCACUUCUCUCCAGGAAAAACAUCAGGGACAGACUGAUAUUCUGCAAAAGGUACAGGGUUUGGACUGCUGAGGACUGGGGUAAAGUCAUUGUCUCUGAUGAAUCUCCUUUCCGAUUGUUUGGGGCAUCCGGAAAACACCUUGUCCAGAGAAGACAAGGUGAGCGCUAUCAUCAGUCCUGUGUCAUGCCAACAGUAAAGCAUCCUGAGACCAUUCAUGUGUGGGGUUGCUUCUCAUCCAAGGGAGUAUGUUCACUCACAAUUUUGCCUAAGAACACAGCCAUGAAUAAAGAAUGGUACCAACACAUCCUCCGAGAGCAACUUCUCCCAACCAUCCAAGAACAGUUUGGUGACGACCAAUGCCUUUUCCAGCGUGAUAACUAAGUGGCUCGGGGAACAAAACAUCGACAUUUUGUGUCCAUGGCCAGGAAACUCCCCAGACUUUAAUCCCAUUAAGAACUUGUGGUCGAUCCUCAAGAGGCGGGUGGACAAACAAAAACCCACAAAUUCUGACAAACUCCAAGCAUUGAUUAUGCAAGAAUGGGCUGCCAUCAGUCAGGAUGUGGCCCAGAAGUUAAUUGACAGCAUGCCAGGGCGGAUUGCAGAGGUCUUGAAAAAGAAGGGUCAACACUGCAAAUAUUGACUCUUUGCAUAAACUUAAUGUAAUUGUCAAUAAAAGCCUUUGACACUUAUGGAAUGCUUGUAAUUAUACUUCAGUAUACCAUAGUAACAUCUGACAAAAAUAUCUCAUAACACUCAAGCAGCAAACUUUGUGAAGAUCAAUACUUGUGUCAUUCUCAAAACUUUUGACCACGACUGUAGAUUGAUGAGGAAAAAAAUGAAUUUAAUCCAUUUUAGAAUAAGGCUGUAACGUAACAACAUGUGCAAAAGUAAAGGUGUCUGAAUACUUUCGGGAAUGCACUGUAGCUGCAUUUUUACUUGUCCAUCUGAAACUGUUGGGAAUGCAGGUGUAAUGUAUCCUUGCGACCACUGAGCAACAUAGUGGUAAGGUUGGGGCCCGGGGUCUGGGGGAGUAUUAAUGAGAGCAGCAGCACCGGCUGUCGCUGGCACUUCCUACUGUUGGCACUGAUUUUCAGUGGAGCCUCCUGUGGGGGAAUUAGUCUACUCUGAAGACACUGCAGUGUUUGUGAGUGUGUGACUCUACACAUAUCCACUGUGGAGAAUCACACCGUCUGUUUUCCUGUGUCCUCAGAAAAUGGGAUCAUCAAGUCAGACAAGGUCUGUGAAGUCAUGUUGGCCACAGACCGAGGCCAUUUCUCCAGAAGCAACCCCUACAUGGACUCCCCACAGUCAAUAGGUGUGUGCUUAUUUAAUGUAGUACAAUAAAGUAGUGUAGUGCAAAUUCAAUAACCCAGCCAAUGAUGAAUGUUAGAAACUAACUAUCCCUCACUUUGAACCCAAAGGCUAUCAAGCAACCAUCAGUGCGCCACACAUGGUAGGCCUAGCUAUGACUUUUAAUAUUUGUUUAAAUUGUUGCAUAUCAAUUAUAACUAUCAAACAUUGAUCACAUUGCUCUUAUAAUUUAUACCAACUGAGCAAAACCCAGAGGUUUACAAGUACAAUGCUGACAGGUGUUGAUGCAGUUGUAUGUUGAUCUCUCCCCCAGCACGCCUAUGCAUUGGAGCUACUGCACGAUCAGCUGUAUGAUGGGGCCAAAGCUCUGGAUGUGGGGUCUGGCAGUGGAAUCCUCUCUGCAUGCUUUGCACGAAUGGUGAGAUACACAUGAUGACGGGUAAACACAUAACAUAUUAGGUACUGUAUUUUGGUGGCAGGGUUGGGAUAAAUUGUCCAUUUCAGAUUUUGGGGAUAUUUUGGGUUCUGUGUAAUGUUCGAUGGCACAGACCUGUAUACCUUCCUAAUUUAUUGUAUUUAACAGGUAGGUCCCAAAGGGAAGGUGAUAGGAAUUGACCACAUCAAGGAACUGGUAGACGAUUCUAUUACCAAUGUAAAGAAAGAUGACCCCAGCUUGAUAACAUCGGGUCGAAUCAAACUAAUAGGUAAGUCCCAAAAGCGACAAAGCAAGAUGGGCAUUUUUCUCCAAUUUGGUGACUUGUAUUGUUGGGUUAUUAAAAUGUAUUGUACACAUUUGUCAGUUAAAAAUAUAAAAUAAUCGCUAGUGAAAGUCUACACACCCCUUGUACAGUCUUCACAUUGCUGCCUUAAAAUUAAUUAUAAAAAGGGAUUCCAUUUGAUAUUUGUCCUACCGAUCUACACAAUCUACUCCACAUUUUUCAAAGUGAAAGAAAAAUUAUAAAGGUUCCAAAUUAAUACAAAAUACAAAAUGAAGAUGUAUUGAUUGCAUAUGUCUCCACACCCUAGAGUAAACACUUGGUGGAAGCACCUUUGGCAGCCAUUACAGCUGUGAAUCAUUUUGAAUAAGAUUCUACCAACCUUGCACAUAUAUCCAUUGUUCUUUGUCAAAAACAUCAGUAAAUUGGGUUGGGAAUCAUUGAUGGACAGCAUUAUUCAAACCUUCUCUAAAUUUUCAAGCAGAAUUAAGUCAGACUUCCACUAGACACGGUGUAAGCUUAAAACAGGAUUGGUGACGCACUGACUGUCAAAUAAGGAAUGUUUCAAAGGAGUCUAAUGGAUGUUGGCUCAGUCACUCCUUGGGAGAGCAACACAAAGCAGCUUAGUUGACGUGGGUGCAGCACUCUCUGCUGAAUUAUUGAAAGGAGAGUGCCUGCUUUCGCCUGCCCUACAGUCAACCAGCGUGCCCUUCAGUCAACCAGCGUGCCCUGCAGUCAACCAGCCUGCCCUGCACUCAACCAGCAUUAGCCUCAUAGGCCAGAGACGAGGUCGAGCCGUCAUCUCACAGCUCUGAUAUGUGCCCUGGCACUCUGCUUCUCAGUGUGCGGCCUACUUGGCGGGAAUAAGGCUGGCACUGCGUGGCAGCUGGCAGCAUGUGAGUGACAGCUGUUGACUGUUUGUUGUGUUCCAGUGGGAGAUGGGCGGAUGGGCCAUCCAGACGAGGCUCCUUAUGAUGCCAUCCACGUAGGCGCGGCAGCACCCAACGUGCCACAAGCAGUAAGUUCCCAAACCACAGAAAAACACAAAUGAAGGCAUCAAAGGGGUCCCAGCUAAUAGGAGCCACAUCGCCUAAAUUUACCAUCAUCCUUAGGAAUGCUGUGUUCAGAGUAGAGAACAACACCAGCACUGACUCUAACUCUGUUAGAGAUUAAAGGUGUCAUUGUGAUUGCAGGCUUUGGUUGGUAUCAGGGAAUGUUGGUGUGCUCUAUGCUGUGCUACUUUGUCAAACAGUCCCCUGGUCUAUUCAGUUGUAGCUACUUGCAUGUUCAAGAGCGACUGAAUGGAAAACCAACUUUUCUGUUUGAAAACUGCCUAUGUGCCAUCAAUAUGAGUCAAACAUUUAUUGUGUGAAUACUGUAAAACUUCAAUUAAUGCAGAGUCUCAAAUAGCCGCCUGUCCUUUUUAAUAGCCGGGCAACUGAACACAUUACAGCAAAUAAAUGCCUGGUCUAAAUGAAUUGUUUACGAAAUUACCAUCAAUUGUUUACGAGGUUUACUGUUUGAUGUGUUACAUUAAAUAAUUCAGUAAUGACUUGAAAAAAUUAUGGCUAUCAUCUGUUUUUAUCGCCAGUAAGAAACUGCUAGCCAUUGGCUGCUAACAGCUGAAUACUGCUAGCUACUGGCAUGCACAAAAACAGUCAACAACUUCGAGAGUACAGAACCCUAGAAAUUGGCAGAUCACCAUCUAGUGGUGAAAGUAAGAACUACCGAAAAUGCACAGUCAAAGAGGAGAAUAAUUGUCAAGGAUAUUUACCCAAAAGAAACAUGACACGGUGUGUGUAAAUAACACAUUAGUGCAGGAAAUUAAGAAAUGGAUACUGCUGGAAUUAAACAAUUAAAUAUGCAAAAGCUGUGCGCAUUAAGGAAACAGAUGUCUGGCUCAAAUGGAAGCCUUUCUCUAAUAAGCGGCUGUUAUGUUAAGUGAUUUAAGCAAAUAAAUGCUCAGGCUAUUAAUUGACGUUUUAUGGUAGGAUAAUUUUGGUCAUUAAGUCAGUCUCGUCUAAAACUGAGAUUUGCGAGAUGAUUAAGGGAAAAAAUUAUGUCACGGACUUAAGGGUACGCCACAGUUUUCCUUGGGUUGGGUUUAUUUCAAUCCUGCCCACAGUUGGCAGCACCCAACUAAUCAUCAAUUUGAAAGGGCAGCUGCACGCGACCUGAUCAUAGUAGUAAAGUUGGUUUGACUUUGGAUAUCCCUAUGGGGUAGUUAGGGACCAUCAGUAAAUUACACAAUGUACAUGGGAGAAUAUUUUAAAAUGUCAAUAGCUCCAAAUUUAAAUGACUUAACCUCAAACCAACUAUACAUUGUAGAAAUUAAUUUACAAAAAUUGAAAGCAUUUAAUGAGAACUAAAAGGUGUGCAACAUGAAAAUAUUGUGUGUAAUUUAUUGAUGCUCCCUAACUAGCCCCACAGAUAGGCUAUCCAAAGUCAAACCGUCAUGGUCACGCACCGGCCGGCUGAAGCUAAUUGGUGAAAGAAGUUGGCUAGCUUCCUAGCUAACCUAGGCUACUUCCUUUACUCUCCUCUCCUUUCCCAGCUCCUGGACCAGCUGAAGCCAGGUGGCAGGCUGAUUCUGCCCGUGGGGCCGGCCGGAGGGAACCAGAUGCUGGAGCAGUACGACAAGCUGGAGGACGGCAGCACCAAGAUGAAGCCCCUGAUGGGGGUGAUUUACGUGCCUUUAACAGACAAAGAGAAGCAGUGGUCCAGGUGGAAGUGACUUCCUACUCUCUCUCCCCCCUCUCUCCUUCACACAGUGGGCAAAGGUGAAAUGGUGUGGCCUGGAGUAGAUAAUGGAUCCCAAGGGGCUGAGUUUCCUGCUUGUCAUCAUUAUUUGCUUCUUCCAUACUAUGGCAACUGGCUGCACAUUUUUGUUUUGUUUUAAUCCAAUAAACCAGUAUGCUAUUAUAGCUCUUCAGCUAAGCACGUGUGCAGUGAAACGAACCAUCAAGUGUGCAUACUAUUUGGAAUUAUAACAAUGGUUUCUCUGAGUUGAAAUCUCAUGUAAAUACUGUUUGAUAUAUUUGAUGGUUGGUAUUUGGCUGUGAUACUUCUGGCUUGAGAGCAUGUCGAUUGUAUCAUCCUUGUUCUUGAGGGGAAGUGACAUUUAGCCUCAUUAUAGGGGAGAAUGGGGUAAGUUGAGUCACCCUUGUUUCUAGUAAACCAUACACAAAAUUAAUAAUUUGACCAAAUAUUUAGGAAGAGGUCAUAAUUUCAUAGAGUCUGUGAAGGAAGAAACCACAUGGAAAAAGUGGUAAGAAAGUUAGGUCCAACAAAUUUAUUUUCACUAAGUCAAAUUAUUGUGUUGUGUUAGAGGUUUCAUGAUGCUUGUAUCUAAACCAAAGUAAAUAAUUUUAAGAUUGUUCUAUACAUCAGAUGGGGUCUAUGUAAGCUUCAAGAUGAGGUCCUAAAACUAGCAUGAAAGGGCAUCCUUGUAGCUGUGUGGGCUAAUAUUGUCAAAAUGUUUGCCUUGGGGAAAGUUGAGCCAUGGGGUAAGUUGAGCAAAUUGAAGUGUUUUCUUCCCAGGCGUAAUGCAAGGCAUUAUCACUAGGAUAUGAGGUAGGAUAUAAGCCGGUGUUAAAAUAUUAUUAUAAUGAUUAAAAUACAAAAAAGUGAUUUGUGUUGAAUUGUGUUUGGGAAAUAAAAAUAGACAUGUUUUUAAAAAGGUACUUGUAAUAUUUUAUUCAGUACAGAAUUUACCCCAUACUGGGGUAAGUUGUGCCAAGAGACCACUUUUCUUUAAUAAGCUAUGUUUUCAAAACUAUCUUGUUUACAUGAAUGCUGAUUAUUUCCAGGGAUACACAACAUCCUGAAAUAUAUGUAGAUAUCUUUGUUAGAAAUUAUACUAUAUUCCCCUUGACAGAGUGAUAAUGAAUGUAAAAAAUUGUUCAACUUACCUCUCUCCCCUACUGCAUACUAUCCUAGUUCUUCAUUGGUUAAAUCUGAAGAGAUGGAGAAAUCCAAUAACCAUAGGGACAUUUGGAUUUUGUACAUGGUGUGGGACAUUCUAUAACAGUUUGUGCAUGGGAGUGUCUAACUCUGACCUACAGUUGCAUGACAAGAGGAUGUUGAUAUGAUUUGACAUAGUGUAUUUCCUCUUUCUGUCCAUCUCUUAAUGUUUUGCCUCUUUCUCACAGGGAUGAACUUUGAGGCGACAGACUGUCCAUAUUCCACAUUUCAGUGUGAACCUGGAGGAGACUCCUUUGGGUUCCAACAACAGCCAUUGGAUUUCUUUCAAAACAACAAACCAUGGUGAUUUUUUUUCUUCUUCAACUCUACCUAGAGUAUCAUGCUGAGGAAUAACCCCUGAAGUUGGUAAAAAAAAAAAAGACUGUUGGAGAUUGAACAGAAGAAAGUGUCUGGGGUUCAUAAAAAUAAAAAUAAAAAAUGAGGCAUGCAUUUUUUGGGUUGUGAUUUUUAAUUUUAAUUUUGCUGCAAGAUUUUUUUAUAUAUUUUUUUGUGGUUACAUCUUGAGUUGCAAUCAACCAUUUCUACAAUAAUGCAUUUAAGCUCCAAUCAAAGCUGAGUGUAAAGAGGUUGCCAAACUGUUCUGAUGAGGAAAGCCUGAGUUGAAGAGAUUAUUCAGCCACUUGCUGUAAAGUGCAUCUGAAGAUCUGACUAGAUAUCUACUGCUGCUCUGCUAACAUAUAUCAGCGUUCCC